GCGGACUCGCCCUGCGCGUGCCUGCCUAGCCCUGUCCCCGGCGGUGGCGGUGCCCCCGGCUCCACGCAGCGCAGCCCGGCGAGCCCCUCGAAAGCGCAGGCGGCGCGGGGGCGUGCUGGGCGGGGGAGGCGUGGUCCGAGCCGCGCAGGCUGCGGGCUGGGACCGCUCGGCCGCUUCCUACCCGGAGGGCGGCUCAGACCAUGUCGCCGGAGGAGUGGACGUAUCUGGUGGUUCUUCUUAUCUCCAUCCCCAUCGGCUUCCUCUUUAAGAAAGCUGGCCCCGGGGUGAAGCGAUGGGGGGCGGCCGCCGUGGGCCUGGGGCUCACCCUGUUCACCUGCGGCCCCCACACCCUGCAUUCUCUGGUCACCAUCCUCGGGACCUGGGCCCUCAUUCAGGCUCAGCCCUGCUCCUGUCACGCCCUGGCCCUGGCCUGGACCUUCUCCUAUCUCCUGUUCUUCCGAGCCCUCAGCCUGCUGGGCCUGCCCACUCCCACGCCCUUCACCAAUGCCGUGCAGCUGCUACUGACGCUUAAGCUGGUGAGCCUGGCGAGUGAGGUCCAGGACCUGCACCUAGCGCAGAGGAAGGAGAUGGCCUCUGGCUUCAGCAAGGGGCCCCCCCUGGGGCUGCUGCCCGACGUGCCGUCCCUCAUGGAGACGUUCAGCUACAGCUACUGCUACGUGGGGAUCAUGACUGGCCCGUUCUUCCGCUACCGCACCUACCUGGACUGGGUGGAGCAGCCCUUCCCCGGCGCCGUGCCCAGCCUGCGGCCCCUGCUGCGCCGCGCCUGGCCGGCCCCGCUCUUCGGCCUGCUCUUCCUGCUGUCCUCGCACCUCUUCCCGCUGGAGGCCGUGCGCGAGGACGCCUUCUACGCCCGCCCGCUGCCCGCCCGCCUCUUCUACAUGAUCCCCGUCUUCUUCGCCUUCCGCAUGCGCUUCUACGUGGCCUGGAUCGCCGCCGAGUGCGGCUGUAUUGCCGCCGGCUUCGGGGCCUACCCCGUGGCCGCCAAAGCCCGGGCCGGGGGCGGCCCCACCCUCCAAUGCCCACCCCCCAGCAGUCCGGAGAAGGCGGCCUCCCUGGAGUAUGACUAUGAGACCAUCCGCAACAUCGACUGCUACAGCACGGACUUCUGCGUGCGGGUGCGGGACGGCAUGCGGUACUGGAACAUGACGGUGCAGUGGUGGCUGGCCCAGUACAUCUACAAGAGCGCACCUGCCCGCUCCUACGUCCUGAGGAGCGCCUGGACCAUGCUGCUGAGCGCCUACUGGCACGGCCUCCACCCUGGCUACUACCUGAGCUUCCUGACCGUGCCGCUGUGCCUGGCCGCCGAGAGCCGGCUGGAGUCGGCGCUGCGGGGGCGGCUGGGCCCCGGGGGCCAGCAGGCCUGGGACUGGGUGCACUGGUUCCUGAAGAUGCGCGCCUACGACUACAUGUGCAUGGGCUUCGUGCUGCUGUCCAUGGGCGACACGCUCCGCUACUGGGGCUCCGUCUACUACUGCAUCCACGUCCUGGCCCUGGCCUGCCUGGCGCUGGGGCUGGCCCUGGGCGGGGGCAGCCCGGGCCGGCGGAAGGCAGCGCCUCCGCAGGCCGCCGACCCCACGCCGGCGAAGCUGCACGAGGAGUGAGCCGCGGGCCAGGUCGGCGCGGGAGUCCGGGAGUUCCGUGAGCCAGGCUGCCGUCUCGCCGGCCGGGAGAGCCUGGAGAGGAUUCCCUGUCCUGCCGGCUGCCCUGCCUCCGAGCUACAAAGCUGGGGUGCCGCCCCUGGCGUCCAGCCCGCGGCAGCUGCACUUCCCCUGGGCGGACCCCUCCCUCGGGAUGCGCGGCGUGGGGCGGGGAGUGGGAAGCCCUCUGGUGUCUUUCGCUCUACGUCUGUCUCGUCAAACCAGUGUUCACGCGUGGAGGGACCACCACCCCUCCCCCAGUCACGGCGGGGACGGCGGCCACGUGCCCUCGCGCGAGCCACUGUGAGGGCCCCCCUGUCCCCCCUCGGCCGGCCGGAACGUGUAAACCUUUCCCAAUAAAGUGUUGCUCCGAGGCCCUCCC